AUGGUCAACAGUACUAUCAAUUCAACUAGCAAGCUCGUGACCUUGUGCUCGGUUGUCGCAUCUGCGGUGAGCCCAGUCUUUGCGGCUCCAUUCAUCAAAGACACUGUCGCACAGAAGAGGCAAUCACAAGGAGCGCCUUGCGCCGAUGUACAUAUCUUCCUGGCUAAGGGCUGGAACGAACCCUAUCCGGGGCGACAGGGCAAACUUGCAGGAGCGAUUUGCUAUGGCCUCGACAGUUGUGACUACGAGGAUAUCAUCUACUACAACACUCCUGACGCAGAUUACUGUGCGUCAGUCACCCAAGGCAAUACCAAUGGUGUCGCUCAAAUGACCGCAUAUGCUGCGCGUUGCCCGGACUCACGCCUAGUGCUCAGCGGAUACUCUCAGGGCGCAAAUGUCGCUGGUGACGUUCUCGGUGGCGGCGGUGGCAACUUCGGAAACGAAACGGUAUAUUGCACUGUUGGUGAGACUCCCGGGCUGGACAGAGCAACAAGUCCUGGCGACAAAGUCGCCGCCGCGCUCAUCUUCGGGGACAACCGGCACGUCGCAGGUCAAACGUACAACAUUCUCUCCGGCGCAGAUAUCUCAGCCAACAAUCCACGAUUCCCCGACUCUCUCGCACGCAUGAACGAAUUCUCAGAUAUCCUUCGAUCGUACUGUGUCGACACUGACCCCGUCUGCGCCGCUGCCGGACCCGGACCUUUUGUGACCGAAACCCACCUGAACUAUUUCGAUCUGUAUUCCGACGACGCGGCAGCUUGGGUCAAGUCGAAGCUUGCAUGA